GCAAUUGGGGUUAAGUGACUUUCCCAAGGUCACAAAGCAAUAGAUUGAAUAUGGUCACAAAGCAAUAGAUUGAAUAUGGUAUUUUGGGGUGAGGGGUAGGAGGAGGCUGUGAGAGAUAGUGAGUUGAGGAUAACUCCAAGUAUGUCAAGUGUCUGAGGUCGGAUUGGAACUCAGGUUCUCCUGACUCCAGGGCCAGUGCUCUACUCACUGCACCACCUAGCUGCCCCGUACAUAACAUUUCCAAGGAGUUAAGUCACAGAAGGCAGAAGAGAUAUAGGACAAUAGCAAGAAUGGAAGGAUCAAGCAAGGGUUCUCUCAGGAUGGGGAAGGCAUGGGCAUAUUUGUAAGCAGUAGAGAAGCAGCAAGGAGAGAUUGAAAAUAAGUGAUAGAGAGGGAUCAAUCUGUUGGAGGAGACAGGAUGAAAUGUGUUUGCUUGACUAGGUAGAGGAGUUAGUGUUGGUAAUGAAUAAGGUCACCUCAGCACAUGAGACAGGACUGAAGGAGAAGAUAUUGGCAGAAGGCAUAUGAUUGAGAUGAGAUGAGAAAGAAGGACAGAGAGGGAGCUCAUGGCAAAUGGCCUCAGUUUUUUUUCCGUAAAAAUAUGAGUUCAGGUUGAGAGGAUGGGGGAGGGAGUGCUAAGGAAAGUUUGAGGUAUGGAUCUCAAGGAGGAGGAAGUCUAUACCCAAUUUAAACAACUACAUGGGUCCCCUUCACUUGAGGGUUUGGCUUCGCAGAGUGGGCUUGAAUUUGACACAACAUUUCGGUAUUCUUUCCCCACCUUUUUACCUCCAAGACAUGCAGUAUUUAUUACUCUUCCCCUAAGCACAGUCACUUCAAGUUUAGCACAGAGGUAUGAGGAAGCUUGCUGGGGGAACAGUCAUUCAUUUCAACUUGUACUAAUCAGUGACUCCCUUUUACCACUAGAUGAAAUCCCACUGCCUAGGAUUAAAGACAAGCUUCUCUGCUUGGCAUUUAAAACCCUUUACAAUUUGGAUCCUGCCAGGUUUAUUAUACAUUAUUAACUUUAAUUUCAUGAUUCUAGUCAAACUCACCUAUUUGCUGUUCCCUUGUGUAACAUCACAUUUCCAUCUAUAGAUGCUGGAAAAAGUAUUCCUUUAUCAGCUGUACUUCUUUUUACAGUCAUCUCUUCCACCUUGAGGGGGUUGGGGAUGAGGCACCCCCCAUCUGGAAAAUCUGAGUAAAAUUUUUUGGCCGUCCUUUUGUACUAGAGAAGAAAUCUGAAUUACUAUGGUAGUAAAAGAUAAAGAUGAUGAUAUUAUAUAAUACUAUACAUCAAUUUUGUGCAUUUCUGAGUUUCUAAAAUUUUCCACAUUAGUCUGCUGGCUUUUGUGUAUUUUCUGCAGCUUCCACAAAACUCCCCCCAAAUUCCCAUUUCUUAUGCCAACUCGCAAUAUGUAGAAAUCAAAGUGGGGAAAGUCACAAUGCGAAAAGGAUAACCGUAUAUACAUAUAUGUAUGCAUAUAUAUAUAUACAUUUUUCAUUAAUUUUUUGGUUACAUUUUGAGUUCCAAGUUGUCUCCCUCCUUCUCAACCCUACACUAGAGAAGGCCAACAUUUGAUAUAGACAUAUAUAUGGAACCAUACUUCCAUAUAUCAGUUCUUCCUCCGGAGGUGGAUAGCAUUUUCCUUCAUAAGUACUUGAUUGUGUCAGCCUGGAUUAAAGAGAAGGCACCUAACAUAGCAAAACUUAUGAUCUUUUGCUGGGGCAAGGGAGUUGCAACUGGGGUUCCACUCAGCAACAAGAAUGGAGAGCCCCAAGAAGGAGCUAGGCACAGGGUUCUAUAAGGUAUUCCAGCAGAGGGAAAGGGGCUUUGGGUGCACAGAGUUGGGCUAUUCCAACGUUUCACAAAGGAAGUUGCUUUGCCUAACAAGUGAAAGUCCUGAGAGAAAAUAAGGGAAUCAGGGAGGGAAGAAUUUGGGAUAUUUAAAGAAUAACCAAAGGCUGGAAGUGAUGAUGUCUGGUCAGUCUCAGGAAGGGGACAAGGACAGCUUCACUCACUCAGAAUAGCUGUCAUUCACAGCUAUUCUUGGAACAAUAUUGCCCUUAUUAAGUAUCAGUUCUCUUGGUUCUGCUCAUUUCAUUCCGCAUUAUUUCAUGCAAGAUUUUGUUUUUCUAAAACCACCCCGCUCAGUCAUUUCUUACCGCACAGCAGUAUUCCAUCAUAAUCAUGUACCACAACUUAUUUAGCCAUUCCCCAGUUGAUGGGUAUACCCCACUUUCCAUUUCUUUGUCACUACAAAGAGCGCUGCUAUAAAUAUUUUAAAACAUAUAAGUUUUUUCCUUUUUCCCUGAUAAUCUUGAGAAACAGACCUAAGAGUGGUAUUGCUGGGUCAAAGGGUAUACAGAGUUUUAUAACUUUGAGCAUAAUUCCAAAUUGCUCUCCAAAACAGAUGAGUUCACAAUUCCACCAGCAGUGUAUUAGUGUCCCAAUUUUUCCACAUCUCCUCCAUUUGUCAUUUUCCCCUUCUAUCACUUUAACCAAUCUGAUAGGUGUGAGAUGGUUAAGUGCUACUUCUUAAGACGCCAAUAUUUCCCUCAAAACUCUGCUCAAAUGCCAGCUUCCUCCUACAAGCAACUGCUUCCUCAACCCGCUCCUGAGUUGCUAGUGCUUCCAUCAACAUUACCCUGACUCUCUUCUUCCUCUGCCCACCUCCCAACUUCUGCCGUACUUAAGAGUUUAUAGAGGAAAAGUUAUUCAUCCGACUCUUGAGAAAACAGUUCUAUGUAGCACAGCAGGAAUUCUUUUACAGGCAGUUGCCUUUAUCAUUAUCAAGUUUUCACAAAGAGCCAAAAUUUGCCUCUCUGAAACCAAACUCUCACCCAUUCCCACUAGUUCCGCCCUCUGAGGGUAACAACGGAACAGUUCUGAUUCAUUUUCCAUUGGACAGCCCUUCAAAAUACUUGAAGACGGCAGUAGAUUCUUCUUCCUCCUUCCUCAUCUUCCUAGUCUCUUUUUAAUUCCUUUCAUAGAUCUUCACCUGUUCUGUACCCUCUCCCCUUGCUCAGGACGCUGAUCCGCUUGCCAAUGCCCUUUGUCACUGCGUGGCGUGCAGAACCGAACCUUGCGCUCCAGAUGUGCUCUGAAGGGACGCACGAGAGAUGCAGGGGGACGAGCACCUAGGACCUGGGCUCAAGACUCUCUCUCCGCGCAGGUUUAAGCCCAAGAACCUGGACGCUCCCCCAGCUUCUCCAUCUCGUUCUCCCCCUUCGCUGAAGCACACUUUCAGGGCGUUGCCAUGGGGACGCGGAGGCCUCACCAGAGCCCAGGUAAGCGGCGCCGCCAGCCCCGGGGCCGGCGAAGUCUCGCCUGCGAGCUCUAACUCAGAGGCUGCGGCAGCCGCAGAGGCUACAGAGGCCGCGGAGGCUGCAGAGACCUCGGAGGCUGUAAGUUUGGCGACUACAGGUCCAAUGACCGGCCGGGAUUACAAGAUCCGGGACGGUAUCCUCCCCAGACACUUCGUCCCCUUGCGCCGCAGCCCGUGUCACCUGGCUCUGGGCCGCUGCACUUCGGCUUUCUGGGUGGCUGUGAGCUUUGAUGUGGUGGGGUUGGUGAUACUGCUAACAGGAGUCUUCUCCGAGCUCUUCUUUUACGACUUGCUGCUCUACGCGGGUUCCAUCAUCAUUUUUCUCAGCCUCUUCUGGUGGGUCUUCUGGUAUACUGGCAAUAUCGAGGGGCCCCAUACCUUCUUGGCCAACAAGCGGCCCCAAUUGAAGUCUUCCAGCUACCUCCAAUCCCUUCGGAACAGCCUUAGCCACCGGUUCAUCCCCUCUACGCCGAGGCGCCGCGUAAGGACACGGGGAAAUGUCCCGCUGCCGUUAACCUUGAAGAUGGUCGAUGCUUCCCAGCCAGAAACCCCUCAAACAGAAACCUCCCAAACUGGAAGCCUCCAGCCAGAUCUCCAGUCAGAAAGCACCCAGCCAGAAGACCUCCAGCCAGAAAGCCCCCAGCCAGAAAAAAGGCCCUCACCAGAAAGCCCCCAGCCAGAAAAAAGGCCCUCACCAGAAAGUCUCCAGCCAGAAAGCCCCCAGCCAGAAAAAAGGCCCUCACCAGAAAGUCUCCAGCCAGAAAGCCCCCAGCCAGAAAAAAGGCCCUCACCAGAAAAUCUCCAGCCAGAAAAAAGGCCCUCACCAGAAAGUCUCCAGCCAGAAAGCCCCCAGCCAGGAAAAAGGCCCUCACCAGAAAGUCUCCAGCCAGAAAGCCCCCAGCCAGAAAAAAGGCCCUCACCAGAAAAUCUCCAGCCAGAAAAAAGGCCCUCACCAGAAAGUCUCCAGCCAGAAAGCCCCCAGCCAGAAAAAAGGCCCUCACCAGAAAAUCUCCAGCCAGAAAAAAGGCCCUCACCAGAAAGUCUCCAGCCAGCAAGCCCCCAGCCAGAAAAUAGGUCCUCACCAGAAAGUCUCCAGCCAGAAAGCCCCCAGCCAGGAAAAAGGCCCUCACCAGAAAGUCUCCAGCCAGAAAGCCCCCAGCCAGAAAAUAGGUCCUCACCAGAAAGUCUCCAGCCAGAAAGCCCCCAGCCAGGAAAAAGGCCCUCACCAGAAAGUCUCCCGCCAGAAAAAAGGCCCUCACCAGAAAGUCUCCAGCCAGAAAGCCCCCAGCCAGAAAAAAGGCCCUCACCAGAAAGCCCCCAGCCAGAAAAAAGGCCCUCACCAGAAAGUCUCCAGCCAGAAAGCCCCCAGCCAGAAAAUAGGUCCUCACCAGAAAGUCUCCAGCCAGAAAGCCCCCAGCCAGAAAAAAGGCCCUCACCAGAAAGUUUCCAGCCAGAAAGCCCCCAGCCAGAAAAAAGGCCCUCACCAGAAAGCCCCCAGCCAGAAAACAGGCCCUCACCAGAAAGCCCCCAGCCAGAAAAAAGGCCCUCACCAGAAAGCCCCCAGCCAGAAAACAGGCCCUCACCAGAAAGCCCCCAGCCAGAAAAAAGUCCCUCACCAGAAAGUCUCCAGCCAGAAAGCCCCCAGCCAGAAACCUCCCAGUCAGAAAGUUCCUUGUGUAUAAAUGCUCGUUACCAAGGAAUCCUCCAUACCAAAUUUGGAGAAGCUCCCCACGGAAAUGCCCCAAGAUUCUGAAACUUUUAAACUCUAGCCCAAAUCCUGAGCCUGAGCCUUUUGCAAAGGUCCCUUGCUACUUUUUUUGAUAUCCUUUAGAAGGACACCCAGGACCAGCCAUAUGAUUUAAUUAAACCACAUCAGUUUGAUCUAAUAUUAACCCCUUUCCACUCCAUGCUGCCACACUACCAACUGGCAGCAACGAAUCCCCUCAAUAAGAAAAAAUCUACAAGUAGCGCCUACAGUCCCCCUGCUGCUUCCAUUUGAACCAUUUCUCCGUCUUCUCCAAGUGAGUACUUUUGGAAGAAUAUUAAAGUACAUUAUUCCUU